AUGGCAGUAAAAUCAACUGCCCAAAAACGUCUCCUCAAAGAAUAUCAACAGCUCGCCAGAGAUCCCCCACCGGGUAUAGUGGCAGGCCCCAUUUCGGAAGAUAACCUUUUCCACUGGGAGUGUCUUUUAGAGGGACCCUCAGAUACCCCAUACGAAAAUGGAGUUUUCCCAGCGUCACUUAAAUUCCCACUGGACUACCCAUUGAGCCCUCCAGUAUUGAAAUUUGAACCACCAUUGCUACACCCCAAUAUCUACGCUGAUGGAACCGUGUGCAUAUCGAUUUUACAUGCUCCAGGUGAGGAUCCCAAUCAGUACGAGCGCCCUGAAGAACGUUGGUCACCCGUGCAAAGCAUAGAGAAAAUCUUAUUGAGCGUAAUGUCCAUGCUUGCAGAGCCCAAUAUCGAAAGUGGUGCGAAUAUCGAUGCAUGCAAGCUUUGGAGAGACAGUAGAGACCAGUACAAUAAGCAAAUUAGAGAUCAUGUCAGAAAAUCAUUGGGCUUAUAA